UUCGUAUUCGGUAACACGUAAAACGUGACUCUGCCAAUUAGAAAAAUAUCAUUCUGAGAAGUGAUCGUACAUUAAAACCCAUUGUAAGAUCGUUUUUUCGCAUUAAAUUGUCUUGUAUUAUUAACGCAGUAAAGAAUUGUGCAUUAAGACGAAGCCUAAGUGACAUACGGCGAUUGUUGUGACAGAAGCGUUGAGAAAGUUUCGAUUGAAAGGUCUACAAAAAAAAAAAAAAUUGAUAUUUCGCGCAUUGACGUAUAAAAAGGAAGUAUUAAACGGAAAAGUAUAUACAUACAUAUAUACUACAUACGUACAUACUAUCCAUAGACGAAGGUAAGAGGAAGAACGACAGAGGAGAAAGAAGGAAGAAGAAAGUCGCUGUGUCAGAGAGUUUGUGUCUCGUGCCAUUAGCACGAGAGAAACGAUGAAGUUUGAAUACAAGGAGGGGCAUCCUUUCGAGAAGAGAAAGGCUGAGGGUGAAAAGAUACGACGAAAGUAUCCGGACAGGGUGCCUGUGAUCGUUGAAAAGGCACCUAAAGCCAAAAUUAGUGAUUUGGAUAAACAAAAAUAUCUUGUACCAUCUGACCUGACUGUUGGACAAUUUUACUUUCUAAUCCGCAAGAGGAUUCACCUUCGCCCAGAGGAUGCUUUAUUCUUCUUUGUUAACAAUAUCAUUCCUCCUACAAGCGCAACCAUGGGAUCUCUAUAUGCGGAACAUCAUGAGGAGGACUUCUUCCUAUACAUAGCUUACAGCGAUGAAAAUGUGUAUGGGCACUAAAUAAUUGAGAAGUUGGUAAAUGCCAAAAAAAUUAAAAAGGAAAAAAAAAAGAAGUCGACAGCAAAAAAUCUAUCAUCUACGAUGUAGUCUUCAUAGACGCUUUUGAAAGUGUAACCAAUUUGACAGCCCUCAGUAAUCUGAUGAUGUUUAAAAUUUUAGCGCUGCACUCUGAUCUUGCUUCUUUGAAAAAUUUGAUGUGAUUCUCUAAUGAAAAUGACAGUGCUUUAUUUUUUAAUUUCAAUAUUUACCAUUGACAUCAAUUGCAAAAUUAUAAAAAUAAAAUAACAAAAAAUAUAUCAGCGCUAAUUAUUUUAUCGCUCAUAUUAUGUCGUGCGAUAUUUAAAAAAUUAGGAAGUAAUCAUGGAAAAGAAAUAUUAUUUGUAUCGUGUUAUUGAUUCUUUUUAUAAUUAUUGAUGUUUUUAGUGCACUUUAACAGUCAUAUAAAAAUUGAAUUUAACAAGAUAGAAAUGAUCUUGUAUGAUGUAUUUUAAAAAUCUUCUCAAAACAAAAUAUUUAAACUUGCUAUGUGAUAUCAUUUUCUUGUAUUUAGGCUAGUAUUAUUAUAUUUACAUGAUUUGAUGUUAUUUCAGUUAAUAAUGAAAAAAAAGAAAUUGCUAUCUAUAUGGUAAGGUGGAAAAUUUUAUGUAACGGCUGGAUGUGGGCCAAUAAAAAAAGAUUAAAAAAGAUUGAUUUGAAAACUCAA